AUGGGUUUCCUAAACCUCCUCACCACGUCCCUUGCGACUAUGGCAGUCGCCAAUGCCGGUAAGCUUCUCACUGCCAGUGAUACCGCCGCGGUCAUUCCUAGCUCCUACAUUGUUGUCAUGAAUGAUGGCGUUAGCAACGCGGAGUUCAAAAUCCACCGUGACUGGGCUGCAACUGUUCAUGCUCGUAUUAAGAGCCGUAAGAAUGGGGAGUCUGGACCAGGGAAGCAUUUCGACAUCAAUGGCCUAAAAGGAUAUAGUGCUAGCUUUGAUGAUAACACCGUCAAGCAGAUUGCCAGUGACCCAGCGAGCAUGUUGAAUCUGACCCGCUGUUGGGUCAGAUACGUAGAACCAGACAUGAUUGUGAACGCGACCGAGAACGUGGUUCAGCGUAAUGCUCCUUCAUGGGGUCUCUCUCGCAUCUCUAGCAAGAAGCCCGAUGCUACCGACUAUGUGUAUGACUCUACUGCUGGUGAGGGCAUCGUGGUCUAUGGCGUCGACACCGGGAUUGAUAUUGAGCAUCCGGACUUUGAGGGCCGCGCUGAAUGGGGCACUAAUACUGCUGAUAAUGAUAACACUGACGGCAAUGGCCAUGGCACUCACACUGCGUCUACUGCGGUGGGAAGCAAGUUCGGUAUUGCAAAGAAGGCCACUGUCGUUGCCGUCAAGGUCCUUGGUAGCGAUGGUUCUGGAACUAAUUCGCAAGUCAUUUCUGGUAUGGACUGGGCUGUUAAAGAUGCAAAGUCCCGCGGUGUCACUGAAAAAUCUGUUAUGAACAUGUCUCUGGGUGGCGGCGUUUCCAAGGCUAUGAAUGACGCCGCUACCAACGUCGUUAAGUCCGGUAUCUUUCUCUCUGCUGCUGCCGGCAAUGAAGCCCAGGAUGCGAGUAACAGCUCCCCUGCUUCUGCUCAGAGUGUUUGUACUAUCGCCGCUUCUAAAGAAUCAGACGGCAGUGCUUCCUUCACAAAUUUCGGUUCUGUUGUCGAUCUCUAUGCUCCUGGGAAGGACAUCACGGCCGCGUUCCCUGGUGGUGGCUCGAAGACCCUGUCUGGAACCUCUAUGGCUGAUCCACAUGUUGCUGGUGCUGCUGCGUACCUGAUGGCUCUCGAGGGUGUGACCUCUGAUAAAGCUUGGCCCGUCUUGUCGAGCUUGCUAUCUCGUCUAUCUCCGGCGCUCCCUCCGAUACUACUAGCAAGCUUCUGUAUAACGGUAUAG